GAGGGGCCGAGCUGCUGCCCUGGAAUCCCGCCGCUCAGUCUCGCUCCCUGGCCGAGCCUUGUUGAUUGUCCCCUUGCGGAGCCCGGAAGCGACCCUCAGUAAACAAAGCCGUGUGUGGGCGCAGCCCCAGCUGCCCGGGGCGCGCUGUCCAGCCGGAGGGGGGCGGGAGAGGAAUGUUGUGAAUGAACCCAGGACCCGCCCCGAAACUUCGCGUACGGCCUGCGCCGCGGGGGUCCUCCUACUGUGAUUGGCCGCAGGUGCCCCAUGAUUGACAGCGCAGCCCGAUGAGCUCUCUGAUUGGGUUUCCUCCAAAAGACAGGCAGCACAUACAACGAAUGAACAGCGAGAAUUUAGGGAUGAGUCUGGAGGUGCAGCCAAUGGUGGAGGAGGGCCUCGGAGGCCGAGGGGGGGGCCAAUGGGGACGGGCGGCGGGGGCGGGACGACGGCGGAGGAUAAAGCGGCGACUGAGGCAGCUUCAUUGUUGUGAAGAGUCUUAAAGGGGCCGCAUCACCCGGCCGGCCCGGCGCGGGGCGGGGGUGGGUGCGGCUGGGGUCCCGGGGCGGCCGAGCGCGGAAGACGAACUGGAAGGCGGGUAGGGGGCGCGGGAUCCGGCGAAGCAAAGCGGGCAUCGGACCGACCCCCCAACAGGCCCCGCCCCGGCCCCGGUCCGGCCGAUGGACCCCCCUGCGGCCAAGCGGAGCCGGGGCUGCCCCGUGGGACCUGAGGAGCGCGAUGCCGGGGCCGGGGCCGGGGCCGGGGCCGUGCGCGGCCGGGGCCGGCCCGAGGCGCUGCUGGACCUCAGCGCCAAGCGAGUAGCCGAGAGCUGGGCCUUCGAGCAGGUUGAGGAGCGGUUCUCCCGGGUGCCAGAGCCGGUCCAGAAGCGCAUUGUGUUCUGGUCGUUCCCACGCAGCGAGCGGGAGAUAUGUAUGUACUCGUCGCUGGGCUACCAGCCCCCAGAGGGCGAGCAUGAUGCCCGGGUGCCCUUCACCCGCGGGCUGCACCUGCUGCAGAGCGGGGCCGUAGACCGAGUGCUGCAAGUGGGGUUCCAUCUGAGCGGAAACAUCCGGGAGCCCGGGGGCCCCGGAGAGCCCGAGCGCCUCUACCACGUCUCCAUCAGCUUUGACCGCUGCAAGAUCACAUCUGUGAGCUGCGGCUGCGACAACCGGGACCUCUUCUACUGCGCCCACGUGGUGGCCCUGUCGCUCUACCGAAUUCGGCACGCCCGCCAGGUGGAGCUGCGGCUGCCCAUCUCUGAGACGCUGUCCCAGAUGAACCGAGACCAGCUGCAGAAGUUCGUGCAGUACCUCAUCAGCGCCCACCACACCGAGGUGCUGCCCACUGCCCAGCGCCUGGCUGAUGAGAUCCUCCUGCUGGGCUCCGAGAUCAACCUGGUGCACGGUGCCCCAGACCCCACAGCGGGCGCAGGCAUCGAGGAUGCCAACUGCUGGCACCUGGACGAGGAGCAGAUCCAGGAGCAGGUGAAGCAGCUGCUAUCCAACGGCGGCUACUACGGCGCCAGCCAGCAGCUGCGCUCCAUGUUCUGCAAGGUGCGGGAGAUGCUGCGCAUGCGGGACUCCAACGGGGCGCGCAUGCUGAUCCUCAUGACCGAGCAGUUCCUGCAGGACCCGCGCCUGGCCCUGUGGCGGCAGCAGGGCGCUGGCAUGACCGACAAGUGCCGGCAGCUGUGGGACGAGCUGGGGGCCCUGUGGGUGUGUGUCGUCCUGAGCCCCCACUGCAGACCAGAGGAGCGAGUGAGCUGGCUGCAGCUGCUUGGCAAGUGGGACAAGCUGGACGUGUGCCCGCUGGAAGAGGGCAACUACUCUUUUGACGAGCCCAGCCUGCAGCCCACCAUGACCCUCAGCCGAGGCCCAGAGGAGGAGGAGGAAGAGGAGGUGGGGGCUAGAGGUUCCCGCCACACCGUCUUCGGCCGCGCCCUGCAGGCUGGGUCGCUGCACUGGAGCGACACUCACCUGCAGAGGAUCCUGGCCAGCGACUCCUACGGCCCCAGCCUCACAGGCACCAUGGGCGGUGAAAAGCCAACCUUUGACCCCCAGGGCCGCCCACUGUGGCUGGGUGAGCCCUUCCCCACCGCGUGCGCCCGUGUGGACACCCUGCGUGCCCAUGGAUACCCCCGUCAGGCCCUGCGGCUGGCAGGGGCCAUAGUGAACUCACUCCGGCUGCAGCGACGGCAUCAGCUUGAAAGCUACAAGCAGCAGAAAAAAGAGCUGCUGCAGAAAGGGAACACCUGCAUCACCAACACGGAAGGCUGGGUGGGCCACCCCCUGGACCCUAUUGGCUGCCUCUGCAGGGCGCUCCUGGAGGCCUGUCGCCUGGAGGAGGAAACCCUCGCCCUUUACCCAGACUCGGGCCCCGAGAAGCGGAAGGUGGCCUACCAGCACGUGCCGGUGCCCGGGAGCCCUGGGGAGUCCUACCUGGCGCUGGCCCUCGAGGUGGCACUGCUGGGCCUGGGGCAGCAGCGGGCCCUGCCCGAGGGGUUGUACGCCCAAGACAAGGUGGUGCGCAGCGAGGAGCAGCUGUUGGCCCUGCUGGAGGAGGUGGAGCUGGACGAGCGGCUGGUGCAGGUGCUGCGCAGACAGGCCGGGCUGCUGCUGGAAGCGGGUCCCUUCAGUGGCUUCGGAGAGGUGCUCUUCCGGGAGAGCGUGCCCAUGCACACCUGUGCCCGCUACCUGUUCACCGCGCUGCUGCCCCACGACCCUGACCUGGCCUACCGCCUCGCGCUGCGAGCCAUGAGGCUGCCUGUACUGGAGACCGCGUUUCCAGCCGGAGAACCUCACCCCAACCCGCUGGACUCCAUCAUGAGCAACCGCUUCCCCCGCUGGUUCAUCCUUGGCCACCUGGAGACCCGCCAAUGCGAGCUGGCCUCUGCCAUGCUGACAGCUGCCAAGGGAGACCCCAAGUGGCUGCAUGCGGUGCUGGGCUCCAUCCAGCAGAACAUCCACUCGCCUGCCCUGCUCUUCAAGCUGGCCCAGGACGCCUGCAAGACGGCCACCCCUGCCAGCGCGCCUCCGGACACCACGCUGCUGGGCAUUGCGCUGGAACUGGGCCUGCAGGUGAUGCGGAUGACCCUGAACACCAUGACCUGGAGGCGGAGGGAGAUGGUGCGUUGGCUGGUCAGCUGUGCCACAGAGAUUGGCCCCCAGGCCCUGAUGAAUAUCAUGCAGAACUGGUACUCCUUAUUCACACCAGUGGAGGCUGCCACCAUCGUGGCGGUGACAGGCACCACGCACGCCACGCUGUCGCGGCUGCAGCUGGAUGCGCCCCGGCGGGAGGAGCUCUGGGCCUGUGCGCGCACCCUGGCCUUGCAGUGCGCCAUGAAAGACCCGCAGAACUGUGCCCUGCCCGCCCUCACCCUGUGCGAGAAGAACCACGCGGCCUUCGAGGCGGCCUACCAGAUCGUGCUGGACGCCGCGGCCGGUGGUCUGGGCCAUGCCCACCUCUUCACCGUGGCCCGCUACAUGGAGCACCGUGGCCUCCCACUGCGGGCGUACAAGCUGGCCACGCUGGCCCUGGCGCAGCUCAGCAUCGCCUUCAACCAGGACAGCCACCCCGCCGUCAACGAUGUGCUCUGGGCCUGCUCGCUCAGCCACUCGCUGGGCCGCCACGAGCUCUCUGCCAUCGUCCCCCUCAUCAUCCGCAGCAUCCACUGCGCCCCCAUGCUCUCUGACAUCCUGCGCCGCUGGACCCUCUCGGCACCUGGCCUGGGGCCCCUGGGGGCCCGUCGGGCCGCCAAACCGCUGGGCACUGACCGGGCGCCGCUCUGCCAGCUCCUGGACGCCGCGGUGGCGGCCUACAUCGCCACCAGCCACUCGCGCCUCACGCACAUCAGCCCGCGGCACUACGGUGACUUCAUCGAGUUCCUAGGCCAGGCCCGUGAGACCUUCCUGUUGGCGCCUGACGGGCACCUGCAGUUCGCCCAGUUCUUGGAGAACCUCAAACAGACCUACAAGGGCAAGAAAAAGCUCAUGCUGUUGGUGCGGGAGCGCUUCGGUUGAGGGGCUGCGGCCCCCUUCACCCCUGCCUCCGCGGCACCAGCGCCCCAUCCAGGGCCUCGGCGCUGGAGGCCCACGUGGCGUUUCAGUAUUAAGUCAGGGAAGGAGCCCGGCCGCAGCUAGGAGAUCUUGCCUGCCAUCCCCUGGAGGCCUGCUGGGGGGGCGGGGGGGGAGGCGGGGGGGUGGCUUCCUGCCACACGCGUGCCUAGGAGUGUGCAAGUGAGUGCGAGAUGUGAGGAUCAGAAGCCAUACCGCCACCCAGGGGCCCGGAAGGGGGUGUGUGCUUGGGCAGCCGGUAUGACCCCGCCUUGGGCACCCCAAAAGCAAUAGGCAAGCUCUCCCUCCCCAGACAGGCAGGCCUGGCUUGGACUGGGGGUGGGGGUGGGAUCUUCGAGGCAGGACAUUCCAGAAAGUGGCUCUUAAAGCCAGCGUAGCAGACCGCCCCACACCCCACUCUGGGUGGCCAGGGGACUCCUGUUAGGGCAUCUAAAUCUCCUUUUGUACCCUCCCCUCACUGCCUCAGGGGCCCCGUUCUGCAUCCCAGGGCCUCCUCCAGGCUGCCCAGCUGGGACCAAUGGCUCAUUCCCACUGAAGGAUUUGAAGAGGCCUCAGGCCUCAGCCACAUACCUCACCCCCUUCCGGCCGGGACUCCCAUUCCCGAGGAUGCCAAGGUCCCAGGGCAGGCUCAAGGGGUCACUACUGUCCCUCCCCCUACCUGCUAGUCACUGGAUACAACUCAGGAACUGAGCCAGGCUCACACUGUCCUCCAAACCUGGUGUGUGUCGGGGGGGGGGGUGGGGGGGGGUGGGAGACGAGCGCAGGAGAGCCAGGGACUCCCCGCCCCAGAUCUGGAAAGGAGACAGGUUGGCAUCCUGGCAUUUCCGACUCUGGCUCUCUCUCUCUCUCCUGCUCUGUGUCCCUGCUCCUCCCCUCAUCUUACUCUCUCCCUUUCCCUAUUUCCCUUCAUUUAGCCUUUCUAUUUGUGUCUCAAUCUCAGCUGCUGACUCUCUUGGGUCUCCCGUUCCCACCUUGGCCCAGGGAGGAAGAGGGAGAGUGUCCCAGACCAAUCACCCCUUCUGUCUUUUCUCCUCUUGUAAUUAAGGACAAAAUCAUGUCGUUUUGUAACUUUUUUUCUAUUUAUUGAACCGUAUAUUGUAUUUCCUUUUUCCUUUUUUUUUUUUUUUAAUAACACAAAUUUUGAGACUGA